CCCUAGAAUCUAGAUAAACAGUAGGAGGCAUCGGCCAGGAUAAAUUGAUUAGCAUUUUGCUGAAUUCUUGAAGAGUGAAGGAUGACGGCAUUCUCUCCUUGCCCACUUCUUGCUUUUCCUGCUCUCUCUGCAACAGCUUCCUUGGCCGCCCUGAAAGUUAGUUCCAACGCUCAGCUUCCCGUCCUUCACCAUGACAGCCCUUUCGUUCAAGAGGUUGUUCAAGCAGUCGAUGCACUACACUCGGAGUUCAGAGCUGUGGAUAACUUGGUGGCACGUAACUCCUUUCGUGUUCUCAAAGCUUUUCAGAAUGCUCGAGUUGGAUCUCAUCAUUUUAGUGGAUCUACUGGCUAUGGCCAUGAUGAAGCUGGAGGACGAGAAGCACUGGAUCAAGCUUUUGCUGAGAUUGUGGGAGCUGAAUCUGCAAUCGUCCGGUCCCAGUUUUUCUCGGGGACCCAUGCCAUCACUUGUGCUUUGUUUGCAUUUCUGAGGCCAGGUGAUGAGCUUUUGGCAGUUGCUGGAGCGCCUUAUGACACAUUAGAGGAAGUCAUUGGAAAGAGGGAUUCUCAUGGCAUGGGUUCACUGAAGGAUUUUGGAGUGACAUACAGGGAGCUUCCUCUUGCUGAAAAUGGUGGCCUUGACUGGGAUGCACUUGAGUGUGCUGUAAAACCUCACACAAGAUGUGCACUAAUACAGAGAUCUUGUGGCUAUUCAUGGCGACAAAGUUUAAGUGUGAAUGAUAUAGGGAGGGCCAUUAAGAUGAUAAAGAUACAGAAUCCUAACUGCUUGGUUAUGGUUGAUAAUUGCUAUGGUGAAUUUGUUGAAGGAAUCGAACCUCCAAUGGUGGGUGCCGAUUUGAUGGCGGGUAGCUUGAUUAAAAAUCCUGGUGGGACCAUAGCUCCAUGUGGUGGAUAUGUUGCAGGGAAGCGGAUCUGGGUAGAAGCAGCUGCAGCUCGUCUCUCGGCUCCAGGGCUUGGAACUGACUGUGGCUCAACACCGGGGGACAUAAUGCGAGCUUAUUUUCAGGGCUUAUACCUUUCCCCUCAAAUGGUUGGUGAAGCAAUCAAGGGAACCUUUCUAAUUGCUGAAGUCAUGGCAUCAAAAGGAUUUAAAGUGCAGCCUCUACCACGUGUCAGUCGACAUGAUACAGUUCAAGCUGUGCAGCUGGGGAACCGUGAGCGUCUCCUUGCAUUCUGUGAGGCUGUGCAGAGAAGCUCACCGGUUGGCUCAUUCACCAAACCAGUUGCUGGUUCAACACCUGGAUAUGCAUCAGAGGUGAUUUUUGCUGACGGGACUUUCAUUGAUGGGAGUACAAGUGAAUUGUCAUGCGAUGGACCUCUAAGAGAACCAUUUGCUGUAUAUUGCCAGGGUGGGACUCACUGGACCCAAUGGGGCAUAGUUCUAGGUGAGGUCUUGAAACACAUUUGAUAUCAAUCCUGAGUUUCUGAUCAAUCAGUUCUUCGACAAAACCGCCAAGGGUAUGAAGUCCGCGCUUUGCAUUGGAGAUCAGUACAUUCUGCGGUCUGCUGCAGAGUUUUGGGCAGCUUCCACAGCUGAGCAUGCAAUCUGUAGCAGCGGUUAACAGUCACCAUAUGUGGUAAUCAGUUCUUCCCAUUCUGGUGUGUUAUGCUUACCCACCCCGAGUUCAUACUCGGCCUUCACUUUGAGAACUGUGAAUGGAUGUGCCUUUUCAAAACUGUGCAGGUUGACGUUGUCAGUGAUCGAUGAUCUCUCUUUUUCUGCUACCAUGGCUGCUUUAGCCUUUGAAGUUUACCAGGCCAUUCUUUCUAUUACCUAGGAUCACUUAGUCAGCGUGUUGGUUUGCUAGGGUCUUUAGGAUGUAGUUGCAUAGUAAAUCUACUCCUGCUGAGGAAUGCUUUUCAAAUUGUGUAAACUUCUGUUAUGAUUAUUGUUAGUAGGAGUCAAUGCCAAUUUUGGUCUUGUAUUAUGAGUUAUGAACUCUUAUUUCUCUGUUUCUCGUCUUAUGCGAAAAGUUCCCCUGCCCCAGACUCGGUCCUUACUCCUUAGCCCACAUUGAGUGUCAUGCCAUUGUCAUGUCCCUCUCGCAGUGAACGAGCAUAUGUCUUUACUGGACUUGGUGCACCGUACUGUAACCUACCCUCAUAGUUUUACAAGUUGCUGGGUUCCUCGACGUAAGGUGUGGGCACCAGUGGCCAGUGGGAGUGAGUUUUGCAGCAGUGAUGACUGUCUGAUGACUACAACUAACAGGAGUCGGACUACAGUGCCUCCGAGCAAUUAUGUUCAGGACUGGGUUCCUAUUUGUGGUGCGUGAAUCGUGACUAUAAAACUUUCGUGAUGCAAAGCCAGCAUUGUCGCAUCUCAAUCCUUAGUGGUAUGGAAUGCUGCCCUAACUGAGCAUCAAAACAACAGGUUGGCCCAUGCUUGCUGGGAAUUGACUCCGACACUCCCACCACUAUGAAAAGUUUGGUUCCUUGGUUCUCAAACUCGAUAUUAUGCAUACGAAUUACCUGAGAUUGAGUGUCGAGAUAUCUCAGAAUAUCGUGCACAAUCGGAUGAAGAUAGGAUGAGAUAAACUGUAAACUCAAUA